AUGUCUAUGCUCGCCGCCGCCACCCGCCUCCGUCUCUCGCUCUCCGCCCUCCUCACCGGCACUCCGCACCCACCCGUCCUCCAGAACACCCGCCCGGCCAGUGCACUCGCCAUGUCCGGUACGCCCCCCAUCCCACUCCCCAGCGCCGCCCAGCCCGAGGUCGCCACCUUCGCCGCAGGCUGCUUUUGGGGAGUCGAGCACAUCUUCCUCAAGCACUACCCCAUCCCCCAGAACAAAGGCAUCCUCCGCACUGCUGUUGGCUACAUCGGCGGUCGCUCCGACGCCGUCGAUCCCGACUACGAGACCGUCUGCUCCGGCCGCACUGGCCACGCGGAGGCCCUCCGCAUCGAAUUCGACCCCUGCAUCCUCACAUAUGCCCAGCUCGUCGAGUUCUUCUACAGGACUCACGACCCAACGACCGUAAACUCGCAGGGGAACGACUACGGGACCCAGUACCGAUCCGCCAUAUUCUACCACUCACCGGAGCAGCACGAGACUGCCGCCCGCGUCACAGCCGAAAUUCAAAAAUCCCAUUUUGACCCUUUCGGCAAGAAGAUCGUCACAGACCUCGUCCCCGCGGGCCCCUGGUUUGACGCAGAGGACUAUCACCAAGAGUACCUCCACAAGAACCCGUCUGGAUAUCAGUGCCCUACACACACUCUUCAUUGGUGA